AUGGAGAAAGUGUAUAUAUAUAGGUUUUUUUCGGACUUGAAAUCCGGUCGUUGCUCCUCCACGGUCGAGGUCCGCCUGCUCCGCACCUGGGAGGCGAGAAAUCCACGCCGUGGUGGUGAACUGAUGUGGAUUGACAUGCUUAUGGUCCACGUGAAUGCCACAAUUAUGCAGGCGAGCAUUGAUGCUAGCCAGGCCGUUUUUUGCUCAAUGCUACUUCUGGCACGCCUCUUUGACAUAUACUUUGACAAUGAGAGCAGUUCAGGGGAGACCUUUUUCUAUUUUUUGGUGGCCAGAGACACUGGACUCCCACCUGCUGCACCUUUGCUGAAAGGGUAUGCUAAAGUAGAGUCACUAACCAUAGCUGAGUUCAAUGCAUUCAUCAUCACGGCACCAGGUCAGGUAUUUAAAUUUAUAUGGAGGAUUGUUGAUAUCUCAAGGGUGUUGCAGUAUGUGGUGGACGUUGCAUGCUCUAAGUGUGCCAAAAAACGGCAACGCACUGGGAACUCUUUCGCAUGUGAACGAUGUGUCAAUGCCCAUAUUGUUGGUUCUCUCCGAUAUCGAGUUGAGAUGGUCAUUGCUGAUGAUACUGCCAAAGGCGUGUUUGUAUGUUUUGAUGGUGUGAUGACCAAAUUACAUAAUUUGAAAGCAAAUGAAGCUGGUCAGAUGCUGACACACAUUCCUCCGUUUAGGAGAGAAUACACUUUCCAAGUUAGAGUCAGUGAGUAUAACUUCAUUGUCAACCAUCAGACGUUCACCAUCACGCACAUUUUGAAGGAGGGUGACUGUCCACCGGAUCCCGACUUUGUGGACAAUGGAGGAAACGGUAGUCAUGGAAACGAUGGUGCAGAUUCAAAACAAUUCUUUGCCGGUCUUGGGAGCGGAGGUAUCAGCGGUGGUUUAGCAACAGCCAAUGUCUCCUCUCUUACCGGUGGUGCUCCUGGUGAUUACCCGGGAUCAUCUUCGACUGUUGGAAAGAAGGCACGUCUCGCCUAG